AGACCGUGGUCGGCGGUUCUGUGUCACUCAUACGGUUUUUCUCCUCUUAGUGUGCGUUUUCGCCAUGCCUCUCCGCCGAGCAUAGAAGCCGCCAGGGUGCGUUCGAGGCCUCCGUCAUGAGCGAAGUGGACAGAAAAUACGUUCCCUUUUGGAAGUGGUGGCUACACCGGAGCGCGUCGAGCCCCUCCCUCGCCCACAAGGCCAUCAGGCCGGGCGGCACAGCCGAGAGUGUGGCUUCCCGGCGGCCAGGGAAGCGGAGUAAGUAUAUGAGGAAAGGCCUGGCGUCUCUGGAAACGGUGAAAAGUACGCCGGACGGCAUCGCGGAGAGCCAGGACUCAUCGGAGGAUUUUUUCUUCACGCCGAGGGAAAAUAUGAGGGAUUUCUUUUCGAACGACGACUUGCUCCAGGCUCAGGAGGGAUACUGGAGGGAUGUCAAGUCAUCUGAGGAACUGCACAAGGGAUCCGUCAAAAGGAGAACUGAAGUCGAUUCCAGUGAGAGCAUUUUGGAGGACGCCGAGAGGGAAAGGAGCUCUUCGUCCAAGCGGGAAAGACGUGCCUUUUCCGCCAGCCAUCUCUCGGGGAGAAAAAUGGCGCUUGAGCUCUCUCGGCCCAGACCUCUCACCUCAAAAAUCACGCCGAAGUCGAGGUCGGCGAGCUCUCUCGGGCCGAAGCGGACCCAGACGACGGAGGAAAUGGAGGAGGAGACGAGGGAGGAGGAGGGCGGCGCACGGCAAGGAGCCGCCGCUCCGGGCGACUCGCGUACCAGAAAAUCCAAGAAAGGGAAACGAAAACAGGAGCCUGAUAUAAAACUGACAAGAAGGACGCUGUCGCUCACUCAGAGGGCCGGCAAGGGGAGGCGCUCGCCGGACAGCACGCGUGAAGACAAGCCGUACACGAACGAACAGUACAAAGGAUUUGAUAUAUAUCAAGAAAUCGAGGAUGGGGAGAUGGGGGAGGGGGGAUCCAGGCGAUCGUCACUGGAAGAAAGCGAAAAGGAAGCGGUGAGCCUGCCGAAGCUGGACACAACCGACACAGCCGCCCUGAAGGGAUGGGACACCACAGAGAACAGUCGCCGAAGGAAGGUGACAUCUCCCGUGUACGACAUCAUGACCCCAACGGAAAUCUGGGCGAGGAGGAGCUCCGCAAGGCAGAAGGACAUGCAGGCGCUGGAAGACUUUGUCAGGAAUCGAUCAGCUUCAGACGUGAACACAAGGAACGUCAGCAACCUGACUGCGACUGCCGCCAGGCAAAGGUCUGCUUCGGUAACUGACACCAAACCAGUUCUUAAAGAAAAAGUGAAAUACAAGUUUGGAAGGAAGAAAGACUGUCUGCCUGAGGAAAACACGGAGAUUGUUAAUGAUUACGACCGUCCUGGGCCGCCGCGACCCAUAUACCAGUCUCCGCCUCCUCCGCGGGAAGUCGGAGACAUGAGUUCCUUUCAGCCACUCCCGAGGCAAAGAGAAGAGGAGGAAGACAGCGCCACGGGGUCCAAACAGGAAGAGAGAGCGCGCGCGGCCACAGAGCAUUCCGACGGCCCGCCGCCAGCGAGCCCCGAGGCUGAUGAAAAGUCUUCCCCCGACUCGCUGGCCGAAGAGAAUGACGCCUCCGUGCACACUGCGGCGCGGAGAACACAGAGCGAGAAGCACGCUUCGCCAGUGGUGGUGAGGCAGCACCAGCGAGUCCAGCGGAGCCACAGCGAGCCCCGAUCCGCCAGGACCGACGUCGCCGUCCCGACCGACGCCCUGCAGCCGAUCAUCGACGAUCACCUCGUGAAGCACAAUGAGAAAGUUCUGAAGGAGCUGGGGAUCGACCUCGAGGCCCUCGGCAGCGGCGAGCACAAGCCCGCCGCCAGAGUCACCUCCGCGUCCCCCACGCCCUCCACGGAUUCGUCGCUGUCGUCCACGAGCCGGCGGCCGGCGAGUCUUCCCCUGGCGCCGCAGGGGGACGACAACAUCUCGCCCGUGUCCGAAUUCGGCCCAAAUGAGCACGAUCCGAGGGCGAGGCUGCACUUCGGCGCCCGCCCUGCCGCAGAGCCUCUCCCCGCAAGGAGGUCGACCUUCAAGCCCGCGCCGCCGAAGAGGUCGCCCACGACCAAGCUGACCUCGGGCCCCGGUCAGCACUCGCUCUCGAGCCAUUCCUCGAACUACUCGACUCCGCGCUCGUCCCCGCAGCCCCCCCGUCCCCGCCCCGCGGCGCCUCGGAGACAGCAGACCCGACGGACCGAGUACAUGCACCGCGCAAGCUCCCUGACCUCGGUCGUGAUGCGGCACGAGACGCCCGACCGCCAGCAGGAGGUGUACGGCUCCAUCAUCCAGAAGACGCAGUUCCGCCCCCUGUACCCGGGGGUGAUGCAGCAGGGGAUGCCCCCCGCGCCGCUCCAGCCUACCCCCUGGCCCCCCGCCCUCGACAAGGACCGCCCUGGCCAGAGAAGCUCCCUCGCCCACCCGCAGUCCUCCGCGAUGCCCUUGCUGUACGACCCCGUCCCGAAGCCGCGGCGGUGGUCGCUCGCCAUCUCCGAACUGCCGCAGUAUCGCCAGCUGACUCCUCCCGGGCAGGAGCAGCCGAGGCGACGGGGGCGCAGCCAUGGCCGCGGCCGACAGACGGCCGAGCGAGAGCUGGCGAAGGCGGCAGUGAAGAACUGGGUGAUCGAGCGGCUGUCGUACUGCCCGCCCGAUGUACAGUCGAUGUACUUUAACCAGCGCUGGACGUACCGAUUGCAUCCCUCGGUCCAUCCCACUAUCCAGGAGGAGAUAGAGGAUGAGGUGUUUGAGCCGAAUCCGACUUACAGGACCGUCCAACUCAAGACCAAAAGUUCGAGUGAUUCAGACCACUCAGUGGGCGGGCUAAGAACGGCCUCUUUGGACCGUUUGGGCCGCAGGUCGAACGCCCACCCGGCCGCUCACGCCCAUGCUCACGCCCACACCCCUCAUUACACUCUCCCCAGGCGCCCGCCCGCGACCCAGAGGUAUCAGCAGCAACCCAAGGUAAGUUCCGGUUCCAUUUUCUCUCCAAAGUCCAGCAAAAGUUUGUGUCUGUGUAUAACGGCUCGUGGGCGACGCCAUUACAGUAAGUCGCGGCGCGUCCUAGCACAGAAUAUCUUCAUUUGGGCCAAAGACCGAGCUCUUUGUACUAUAAAGUGUAAAUGGGAGCAUCGUUAUGAGCAAGUGCGAAUUCAAGGACACUCACCUGUAUGAAUGUAAUGCCAUGUUCCACAGUUUUAAUUUCUUGGGUUUGGUAAAAAUAUCACAGAAAAGGGAAGGGAAGAACUAAUAGCAGUAUAGAAAGAAAACAUGAUGAUAUUAACGAAAACAGUUCUUUCGCUUAAGAAGGGGGUUUGCGUUUAAGGAGAGAACCUUAUUUUAACCUGCGAAUUAUAAUAAAAAUUCCAAAUGGAGUCUGGGUAUUUUCGUCCGUACAACGCCGUAACAUAUGGCCCAUUAUAACAGAUCGUAUAACGCACAUUUUCAAUGCACUCUUUGGCUAGUUAAUGGAGCAGACAAAGAAAGUUGUUUACGACUCCGGAUAUAAAUUCGGAAUAUACCUGUAAGCUGCUGCUGAACGUGCCUUACUUGGCGAAUCUUGGCGGGAAAUUUACGGAUCUUGAGAAAAGGUGGAAAAAAAAAAACGUUAACGGAUUAUCUUUUUGAAUUUUAUUUAUCGAUUCACUCUCUAUAUCUAUUUUCUUAUUUUUAGAGUGCGAAAUGAUACCGAGAUGAAAUGCAGUUGCGAAUCCUAAGCGAGGCAGGGAAAGAAAACAACAACAAAUGCAGAAAAAGUGUGUUAUAAGAGAGGAAUUAGCAAGUAAAUUAUAAGCAUGAAAACAAAUCUGCGAACAGACACGUAAAACAUGUGUAACUCAAAACAAACUGAACAAUAGGAAACAAAUUUUAUGAGCUUAACGAAGCGCAGAGCUAAUUCUUAGCAAAAAGUUUCGUAAUUCAAAGAGAUAUUAAGGUUUAUGAAAUAAGACACGAGUUCUCAGGUUAUUGGAAAGUCGGACUUCACAAAAGAUCUGUUGAUAAGGUUAUUGCAUAAGGGAAAAUCUAUAGCUGUAAGAAUACGUUAUUCAAAUUUCACCCCAGUUUCAUAACGAUCCAGUGUCAGCUAGUGAAGAUAAAGGACAGAUUUUCAUGAUAAUUUUUCUUGAUAAGGCCCACAGUGAACGCAUUGUUAUGUAUUAUUGGAAAUUAAUGAGGAAUUUAGGAAGCCAAAGAUUUCACAAUUAAAGACAUGCAUUUUGGAGUCAAAGAAAAUUAUAAGAAUGUGCUAUUGAAACAGAAUUGUAAAGAUUGUGCAAAAUAGAUGAUGUAAAGAUAUAAAUACAAACAUCAAUUGAGAAUAUGCAAUUUAGGAUUUAAAGAAAUGGUUUUAAGAAGCCGUUGAAUUAAGAAAAAGAAAAAAGAAAAUCAAAUUCAUGAGCAAAUAUUUAUUAUUAUUAUUAUUAUUAUUAUUAUUAUUAUUAUUAUUAUUAUUAUUAUUAUUAUUAUUAUUAUUAUUAUUAUUAUUAUUAUCAUCAUCAUCAUUAUUAUCACUAUUACAUGUCCUAUUUUUUAAAAGAAAAAAACUUAGGAAAUGCACUCUUUUUUAUCUUUUUAUGAUAUGAAUGUGCUUGUUUCACUAGAGCGCAGUUAAGGACGAAAAUGACUUCACGAGGAAAAGGCAAAGUAUGGAAUAAGCAAUUACGGAAUUUUCAUUUUUAAUUUCCGGACACAGUGUGAACAUAAAGAUCCUUUGGGGGAAGGAAAACAAGGGAAAACAAGGACCAAGUGAAGGGGGAAAAAAGCGACAUGCAUUACACACUCGACCGAGGAAGAUUUUAUUAAUACAUAAUGAUAAAGGAUAACAGUGAACGUAGCAGUAGUCAUUGUAGUAGUACUAAAUAUUAUUGU